AUGUCCAGGACAGGUAUAACACCUAUCUAUCUAUAUCUAUCUAUCUAUCUAUCUAUCUAUCUAUAUCUAUCUAUCUAUCUAUCUAUCUAUCUAUCUAUCUAUAUCUAUCUAUCUAUGCCUAUCCGUUUCUAUCUAUCUAUCUAUCUAUCUAUGCCAUCCGAAAAAGGCUCGACGAUCUUUAUUUCAUAUAACACCUAUCUAUCUAUCGUUUCUAUCUAUCUAUCUAUCUAUCUAUCUAUCUAUCUAUCUAUCUAUCUAUCUAUCUAUCUAUCUAUCUAUCUAUCUAUGCCACUCCGUUUCUAUCUAUCUAUCUAUCUAUCUAUCUAUCUAUCUAUCUAUCUAACAAUUUUCAUUAUAACGUUUCACCCUCAUCCAUGUCCCAAUCCUUUGGCCCAUGACCCAUUCCUUUGGCAUAUGGUGAAUUCCUCUGUCCCCUGUCAUAUUCGCUUAGCCCAUGACCCAAUCAUUUCGCACAUAACUCAUUACUUUGGUCCCGUUCCCUUGGCUCAUGAUACCAUCCUUUGCCCCAUGUGCCAUUCCCUUAGCCCAUGA